AACAUCACUGUUGAGCAUAAUCUUCCACAACAAAAUAACACAAGAAAACGGAGAUCGGACGCCAUUCUCAGACACUCAGUCCGAUCUGCUCUCCCGUCCCUCCCAAUCCACCCCUAGCACCGUCCAGAAAGAAACUGGCAGUAUUGAGGACCGUUGGAUUCAAGCUUUGUUCGCUUAAGGAGAAAAUCAAAUGCUUUUGCAGGAAAAGGAAGCAAAAAAAGAAGCUUUUAGAAAGUAUCUAGAGACAAGCGGAGUUCUUGAUAGUUUGACAAAAGUUCUUGUCGCACUGUAUGAGCAAAAUGACAAACCGUCUUCUGCAAUUGAUUUCAUCCAGCAAAAAAUGGGUGGGCCAACAGUAUCAGAGUAUGAGAAUAUACAAGCUCAACUCUCAGAUUUGCAAAUUAAGUAUGAUGAACUUUUAGCACUACACCAGGAAAAAUGCAGAGAGUUAGAACUGAAAAAUACUCAAGUCGAAGAACCUGCCAAGGCAAACCCCAAUGAUGACUGCCAUGGGGAAAUGUCUACCCCUAAAGAAGUGGCUUCAAGUUUAGAAACAUCUUAUAGUAAAGAGCUGUGAAGUGCAUUGUGGUUUUUUGAGUCUUGAAGAUAUGGGCUUCUCAGUUCUGUAUUCACAUUGUACUUGAGGCCUUCAUUUUUACACAUUCUGCAAUUACCAUUAGCGUAAAAAUAGACGGGCUUAACUUCUGUGAAAUAUAUGCUGGUGUUUGGCUUGUGAGUGUAUUUGCCGAAUACCUCAUACAAAUUAAUGAAAGGCUAAAGGGUGGAAAUAGGCC